CAGAGCAGGAACCAGGAGUGAGAGGAGUAGAUCCACCACAGAGGAAAAGCCUAGAGCUGGAAAGGGAACUGCGUUCAAGACAGCCAUGAAGCUACUGCCCAGCUGGAGAGCCGUGCUGCCCGUGGGCCCCCAGCCUGGCCUGUGCCGCUGUAUCCCAGCUUGGCCUUGGGCACAGCAACCCAGAAAAGUGUCUCAAACCUGUGUCUCAGAAAUGAGAGCUCAGGAGGAGCCCCGGAGCCCAACACAGCCCCAGCGUGAGUCGACUUCCGCCAGGGACCAGAAGACAUCGCCCUUGCCCAUGGAGCCCAAGUCUGAUAUGUUGUACAAGAUUGAGGAUGUGCCACCGUGGUACCUGUGCAUCCUGCUGGGCUUCCAGCAUUACCUGACGUGCUUCAGCGGCACCAUCGCUGUGCCCUUCCUCCUGGCCGAGGCGCUGUGUGUGGGCCGCGACCAGCACAUGAUCAGUCAGCUCAUCGGCACCAUCUUCACCUGUGUGGGUAUCACCACUCUCAUCCAGACUACAGUGGGCAUCCGGCUACCGCUGUUUCAGGCCAGUGCCUUUGCGUUUCUGGUUCCAGCCAAGGCUAUCCUGGCCUUGGAGAGGUGGAAGUGUCCCCCAAAAGAGGAGAUCUAUGGUAACUGGAGUAUGCCCCUGGAUACCUCCCAUAUCUGGCAUCCUCGGAUUCGAGAGGUCCAGGGUGCAAUCAUGGUGUCCAGCAUGGUGGAAGUGGUGAUUGGGCUGAUGGGGCUGCCUGGGGCCCUGCUCAGCUACAUUGGGCCUCUCACGGUCACCCCCACCGUCUCCCUCAUUGGUCUCUCUGUUUUCCAAGCUGCUGGUGACCGAGCUGGCUCCCAUUGGGGCAUUUCAGCUUGCUCCAUUCUACUGAUUGUCCUGUUCUCCCAGUACCUGCGCAAUCUCACCUUCCUGCUUCCGGUUUACCGAUGGGGCAAGGGCCUCACUCUCCUCCGCGUCCAGAUCUUUAAGAUGUUCCCGAUCGUGCUGGCCAUCAUGACCGUGUGGCUGCUCUGCUACGUGCUGACCCUGACUGACGUGCUGCCUUCAGACCCCGCAGCCUAUGGCUUCCAGGCACGCACGGAUGCCCGAGGGGACAUCAUGGCUAGCUCACCCUGGAUCCGCAUCCCCUACCCAUGUCAGUGGGGCCUACCCACGGUGACUGUGGCCGCGGUUCUGGGCAUGUUCAGUGCCACGCUGGCAGGCAUCAUCGAGUCCAUCGGCGACUACUACGCGUGUGCCCGGCUGGCGGGCGCACCACCCCCUCCGGUGCAUGCUAUCAACAGGGGGAUUUUCACUGAAGGCAUCUGCUGCAUUAUUGCUGGGCUACUGGGCACAGGCAACGGGUCCACUUCAUCCAGUCCCAACAUUGGGGUCCUAGGGAUUACCAAGGUGGGCAGCCGUCGAGUUGUGCAGUAUGGUGCAGGCAUCAUGCUAGUCCUGGGUGUCAUUGGCAAAUUCACAGCCCUCUUUGCCUCGCUCCCAGACCCUAUCCUGGGAGGAAUGUUUUGCACCCUUUUUGGUAUGAUCACCGCCGUGGGACUGUCUAAUCUGCAGUUUGUGGACAUGAACUCCUCCCGCAACCUCUUUGUAUUGGGAUUCUCCAUGUUCUUUGGCCUCAUGCUGCCCAAUUACUUGGAUUCCAACCCAGGUGCUAUCAACACAGGCGUUCCUGAAGUGGAUCAGAUCCUAACUGUGCUGCUGACCACAGAGAUGUUUGUUGGCGGGUGCCUUGCUUUCAUUCUGGACAACACAGUGCCAGGGAGCCCAGAGGAAAGAGGCCUGAUGCAGUGGAAAGCUGGAGCCCACACCAACAGCGAGACGUCAGCCAGUCUGAAGAGCUACGAUUUCCCCUUCGGGAUGGGCAUAGUAAAGGGCACUGCCUUUUUCAGAUACAUUCCCAUCUGCCCAGUCUUCAGAGGGUUUUCUAAAAAGUCAAAAACUCAGCCUCCAGUUGUAGAAGACACUCCAAACAAUACGGAAACCGAGUCUGUGUGCACCAAGGUCUGAAACUACAAAAGGAGGUACUGGAUGUAAAAGGAAAAGAAAGCUACACAGCAGACAGCAGACCGGAGUUUGAAAUCACAGCACUAUCUAGUUCAAAUUCCUGUGUAAGCUUGGACAAGUCACCCUCUCGAGACUCCAUUUCCACAUCAGCUCAAAAACAUCAGAAGAGUAGGCCAAAGUCUCUACGAACUCUAGAGUCUUGUACUAGCUUUAUUCUGUUCUUCACUUUUACUUUCCUAAGUGUACAUGUCAAUAUAAAGGAAAAAGAGCUGGAAAUUCUCUACAUUCAAAGUUGAGAGUUGAUAAAAAAAAAAAAAGAAACCAGGAGAUUCCAGGGGUAAACAUAGACAUGCAGGUAGGGUUUUUUUUUUUUUUGCUUUGUUUUGAAACUGAAUUUAAUUCCAAUGCCAUGUAUUUUAAGACCAAAACACAAUACUAAAUAACACAUUGGACCAAUAACUUAAAAUUGAGAUAAAUAUUCUCUAUUCCCACAGGGGAAACACAUCUACAUUUUAACUAAAGACUAGAAUGUUCCCGGCCUGGGCUUGACCUUCAGCAUUACAUACACACAAAUAAAGGAAGAAGAGUGAGCAUGGUUUAAUUGCAAAACCCAGAAGUCUUGAAUAUAUAAUGUCUGGCAGCUAGAGAUGUCUAAGAAUGAAUUAAAGUAAUCUUGAAUAAUCUGAGUUAAGCAAAUCAGUUUCUGUGUUAUGGAUUUAUGCAAAAUCCAGGUUAUACAUUAAGCCUAGCAAAGGCCUUUCUUCAUAAGAGCAUCAAUAGUAUUUCACACAACAUUAUGGAGCCAUAAACAGUAUGUUGAGGUUCUGGGUUACUGUUAUUUACUGCAAGGAAGACUAUACCACAAUGUAAAUUUCAAUGUUUUCUCUAUUGUUCUUGGCUGCAGAAUGGUUUCCAAAAGCCUGAUGGGGAAGAUGAUUCUAAGUAUCUCGUUUGGGAUGCUUUUAAACAAUUACCAUGCAUAACACCUGGUUUUUGAAACUUAGGUGAUUAUGAUAAAUAGCUUAGUAAAGGAAGGCACAGUGAACAGACAACAAUGGAGAAAUUCCAGACCUAGGAAUUACAGAUAAUUCUCUUGGCCAGAAAGGUGAACAUUCAAAACCAGAAAAAUUGUAAUUUAAAAAUCUUGUGGAGAUGAUGGCUCAUGCUUGUAAUCGCAAGUCUUGGUAGACUGGGGCACGAGGAUUGCUCUAAGUUUGAAGCUAGUCAGUGCUAAGCAUUGAGUUUCAGGUUGGAUUGUGCUAGAGUGAAACCCUGUUUCAACCACUCACCCACCUUACAAAACAAGAAAAUCUUUUAUCUUAACUUUAGUAAAAGACUCAUCAGGUUCUACUUUAGUGACGAUGAGAACUUUAUUGCAAACACAUUACCAGUAACAAUACUGAGAAUAUGAAUCUAGCUUUGCAUUCUUUUUCUGCCAAGAACUUGUAAAAGUAUCUCAAAGAAAACCAAUCAGGAGAUCUAAGAAAUUUUAUCAAUAAAAAUGUCCAAAUUUUA